AUGGCAUUCACGAUGCACUCCCAUUCGGGGCAGUUCUGCCCCGGCCACGCCAAGGACCAACUCGAGGCCAUCAUCCAGCACGCCAUCAGCAUAGGCUACAAGACCAUGGGCCUGACAGAACAUAUGCCGCGCCUGGAGACCGCAGACCUCUACCCCGAAGAAUGGGCCCACCAGCUCGAAGAAGGCGACCCCGAGGCCUCCAUCGCCGUCCUCGCCCCCCGCCACGAGGCUUACCUCCUCGAGGCCCAGCGCCUGCGCGAGAAGUACGCCUCCCAGAUCGACCUCCUCAUCGGCUUCGAGGGGGAGUGGUACCGCCCGGCCUACGGGCCCUUCAUCCGGUCACUCGCGUCCCACCCGGCCGUCGACUACUUCAUCGGCUCGCUGCACCACGUCAACGCCGUGCCCAUCGACUACAGCCGCGAGAUGUACCUCGACGCCAUGCGGACGGCGGGCGCCGGCGAGGAGGCCAUGUACGAGCGCUACUACGACCAACAGCACGAGAUGCUGACGGCGCUCGAGCCGCGCGUCGUCGGCCACUUCGACCUCGUCCGGCUGAUGAGCGAGGACCCCGGACGGGACGUGAGGGCGUGGGACGGCGUGUGGGAGAGGAUCGUGAGGAACCUGCGGGUCGUGAGGGAGUACGGCGGGCUGUUGGAGUGCAACAGCAGCGCGUUGCGGAAGGGGCUCGACGAGCCUUACCCUUGUCGGGUCAUUGCCGAGGCUUGGCUCGAGAUGGGCGGGCGGUUCACCUUCUCCGACGACAGCCACGGCAUCGCGCAGGUCGCGACGAACUACAAGCGCAACCUGGACUAUCUCGAGAGCUUGGGCGUCAAGGAGGUGUACACCUUUGAGCGCGGGCCCGUCGAGGGUGUCAAUGGGGAUGCGAAAGCGACGUUGCGCGAGAAGGGCGUUUCGCUGGCAACGUUUCGGGAGAACUUCAAAUAG